AUGAGUUUGUGGGGAGUGAUGGGAGGAGGAUGGGGAAUGGUGGAAGAAGGUUGGAGAAAAGGGCCUUGGACUGCUGAAGAAGACCGCCUUUUGAUCGAUUAUGUGCGGCUUCACGGCGAAGGCCGAUGGAACUCUGUGGCGAGGCUUGCCGGGUUGAAAAGAAAUGGCAAAAGCUGUAGGCUAAGAUGGGUUAACUACCUAAGACCAGACCUCAAGAGAGGACAAAUCACUCCUCAUGAAGAAACCAUCAUCCUUGAGUUACAUGCUAAGUGGGGAAAUAGGUGGUCGACGAUUGCACGUAGCUUACCUGGAAGAACAGAUAACGAAAUCAAGAACUAUUGGAGAACCCAUUUCAAGAAGAAGACAAAGUCUCCAACUAACAAUGCGGAGAAGACAAAGAACCGUCUCUUCAAGAGACAACAAUUUCAGCAGCAAAGACAAAUGGAGUUACAGCAAGAACAACAGUUGCUUCAGUUCAACCAAAUCGACAUGAAAAAGAUCAUGUCUUUACUAGAUGAUGAUAACAACAACAAUUGUGACAACACCUUCAGCAGUAGCAGUAGCGGCAGCAGCAGUGGAGAAGGAGGUGCUUUCUAUGUGCCUCAUCAGAUCACAUAUUCAACAACAAGCUCUGGUUCUGACCCAAAUACUAAUGGGUAUUACCCGGUGGUUCCUGUGACAAUACCUGAGGCUAAUGUGAAUGAAGAUACCACUAUUUGGGAAGGUUUAUGGAAUCUAGAUUUUGAAGGACAAGGAAGUUUUGGUGGUGCUGCUUGUGCCCCAAGGAAGCAAUGUUUCCAGAACAUGGUCAUUCCCUUCUGUUAGCUUCUUGACCUUUUAAAUAUCUUAUCUCCAGGAGAAUGAAAGAUAUACAAAAAAAUAACUUGACCGACAAGUUAGGUCGAGUUUGAGUUUAGUUUGGUUUCAUCUAUUUUAGAUUUUUGGUUUAUCAUAAGUAGUUUUGGUAUGAAUUGUGUGUGUGAAAUGUAAGUAGCUCAU